AUGGAUAUUCGGAAAUUAAAAGAGGGAACUCUUAAACGAUACAAAUCUGGAUUCCUUGGCAGCAAAUGGAAGGAAUGUUUCGUGGUUCUAUUCAGCGAUUCAACGUUUAGUAUUUACUCCAAGCAAGUAAGUUCUCGGUAUAAUUAAUGUAAUCUUUUUCAGGGUGAUUCCAAGCCUGAUGCCAAAUUCCUCCUGAAAGAUGUAGCUCCCUACAUUUGUGUGGGUCUGAUGACGGACAGAAUGCCCACAAAACGACCUGAUUUACCUGAUGGAUGCUCGGUCCAUCAUCUUGUGGGCAUUGGAAUGGAUCCUCGAGCAGAAAAGGUCCAUUGGAUUCUAUUCGCUUCGGAUUCUGAUUUAGAGUAAGUAUUAAAGCCAUGUUUUAUUCGUUUUCGUUAUUACGCAUCGUCAUCUCUUGAGCCUAUUUCAGAUCCUGGUUUGCGGAGAUAGUGAAGACCUUACCAAAGCCCGCAAACCCCCCUCCAGCACCGGGCCAACCCGGCCAGCCGCCUUCGCAGCAGCCUUCCGCUCCACAGCCGCCAGCUUCAGGUGGAUUCGGUAAGCCAUAAUAUUUAAAUAAAAUGCUAAGGACAUUUAAAAAAAUUUUCUUAGCCUCGGUAUUAUAGAAAUUUUAACCGUUUUCUAUUUUCAGUUCCUCCAGCACAGUAUCCGUCCAACCCCUACCCCUCCCAACCACAACCGCCGCCUUAUCAAGCAGGCGGGGGAUAUAAUCCAGGACCUCAAGGUGGAGGAUACAACCCCGGACCCCAAGGAUACGGAGGUGGAAGUCAUCAGACGACCGUCAUUGUGGAUAGAGGAGGAUCAUCUUAUGGUGGAGGUGGAUCCGGCCUCGGAUCUGGCCUUGGAUUUGGUUCUGGAAUGUUGAUGGGAUCGCUCCUUGGCUAUGGCGUUGGCAGUUUCUUCACUCCACAUUAUUCUAGUGGAUUCGGAGGAUUCGGCGGAUAUGGGGGUGGAUUUGGCGGAGGAUAUCCGGGAGUUGGUGGUGGGUAUCCGAGUAUACAGGACAAUGACACCUACGUUACCAACAACUACUACAACACCAAUGACAACGACUCUCAGAGUACUCAGCCGCAGAAUAACGAACCACGUGAGGAAGGGGAGCAGGAAGGGGAACAUCAGUCCGAGGGACAGGAGGACCCACCCGAGGACUAUCAACAAGAUAAUAACGAUGAUUUAGAUAACGACUACAAUGACGACGGUGGCUACGACGAUGGAGGAUACGAUGCGGGCGGGUUCGAUGAUGGCGGUGGUUUCGACGGCGGCGACUGGUAG